AUGGCUGGCAAAGCAGACAUCCUUGUAGAACUGAAUGGACAAAAAGCGACGCUUCCACUCUACGUGGUCAAGGGAGAUUACCCAGCACUGAUGGGCAGGCCGUGGCUGGAAGUAAUGCGUCUAGACUGGAAGGCAGUCAACGUGGUGUCAACGGCGCCUACCAGACUAUCAGCAGUUUUGAAGCGACAUGCAGCUGUGUUUAACGACGAGCUGGGGAACAUGAAAGGAAUCACCGUCAAACUACAAGUCAAACCCGACACCAAACAAUGCUUUAUGAAGGCCAGAACUGUCCCCUACGCACUACGGCCGAAAGUGGACGCGGAAAUUGAGAGACUGGUCAACAUAGGAGUCAUGGAACCAGUACCCCACAGCGAAUGGGCCACCCCGGUGGUCCCGGUAAUCAAGAAAGAUGGAUCAGUCCGCCUGUGUGGGGACUUCAAAAUGACAGUGAACCCUGCGCUGACUGUGGAACAAUACCCCCUCCCAGUGAUCGAGGACCAGUUCGCGGGGUUGGCUGGGGGAAAAACAUUCAGUAAAAUAGACCUGAAUCAGGCCUACCUCCAGAUGUCAGUUGAAGCAGAGUCACAGGAGCUCCUUACCAUCACCACCCACAGGGGGCUCUACAGAUACCGUCGCCUGCCGUUCGGCAUCACCUCAGCCCCAGCAGUGUUUCAGAGGGCCAUGGACCAGGUCUUGAGUGGUCUGUCUGGCGUACAGUGUUAUCUUGACGAUAUCCUGGUGACUGGUAAAAACGAAGAAGAACACCUGGUGAACCUGAAAAACACGCUGAGGAGACUCGAAGACUAUGGCCUACGGGUUCGCGAGGACAAGUGUGACUUCUUCAAGCCGGCAGUAGAGUAUCUGGGCCACGUCAUUGACGCGGACGGACUUCACACUGCACCUUCGAAGGUGACCGCUAUCACCGACGCCCCUGCUCCGGAAAACGUGGGACAGCUGAGGUCUUUUCUUGGACUUCUUAACUAUUACGGCAAGUUCAUUCCACAUCUGGCUACGCAGUUGCAGCCCUUGCACGAGCUGCUGAAGGCGGGAAACGCCUGGUCGUGGUCAAAAGAGUGUGAGGUGGCGUUUAACACGGCCAAAUCAGCUCUGACAGACAAGACGGUGUUGACACACUUCGACGCGUCCCUGCCGCUGCAACUUGCCUGUGACGCGUCUCCAUAUGGGGUGGGGGCUGUUGUGUCCCACAUCACACCGACUGGUGAGGAAAAGCCCAUCGCGUUUGCUUCUCGGACAUUGAGCAAGGCAGAAAAGAACUACCCACAAAUAGAGAAGGAGGCGUUGAGCAUCAUCUUUGGAAUAAAGAAAUUCCACACAUACCUGUACGGAAGGAGAUUUACGUUGCUGACGGACCACCGUCCCCUGACAUCCAUCUUUGGUCCACAUACGGGAGUGCCGACUCUGGCAGCAAGCCGCAUGCAGCGCUGGGCGUUGAUCCUCAGCGCACACGACUAUGACAUUCGGUAUCGACAGUCGGGGGCUCAUGCCAACGCGGACAGUCUGUCACGGCUUCCCCUUCCUGAGCAGCCCAGGAACGGAGAACAGACUAUUUUCUACUUUGAGGUGGUCGAGGGUGCUCCUGUGACAGCUCGCCAGGUCAGGAAGGAAACAAAGGGGGACCCCAUCCUCUCCAGGGUGCUGGACCGAGUCAUGAGGGGGGACAUGUCACGUGUUACAGGGGCUCCGCCGGAGCUGCAGCCUUACUUUUUGCGGGGGAAAGAGUUGACAGUGACUGCUGGAUGCUUGCUCUGGGGAAUGCGCGUCAUAAUUCCAAAAAAACUACGAGAAUCGGUCCUGAGAGAGCUACACUCAGGUCACUGCAGCAUCGUCAGGAUGAAGGAGUUAGCCCGCAGCUACUUCUGGUGGCCUGGGUUAGACAACGACAUCGAGUCAAAAGUCAAGUCAUGCUCAUCAUGCCAAGUUAUCAGAAACACGCCAAGUCUCGCACCGCUACACCCCUGGGACUGGCCAGCAUCCCCCUGGCAACGUAUACAUUUGGAUUUUGCGGGCCCCAUCGAGGGAGUGAUGCUGCUGGUGGCUGUGGACGCACACUCAAAGUGGCCAGAGGUGGCGGUCAUGUCAAAUAUCACCUCGGAAAAGACCAUUCAGACACUCAGGGAGAUGUUCUGUCGAUUUGGCCUACCAGAGCAGGUGGUCACGGAUAACGGGCCCUCAUUUGUGUCUAAGGAGAUGGAAGAUUUCCUCCAAAGCAAUGGCAUUAAGCACAUCCUCUCCAGUCCAUACCACCCCUCCAGCAACAGACUAGCGGAGAGAAUGGUGCAAACGGUAAAACAUGCUAUCAAAGCAUCCAAAAGUGAGUCUCCCCUGAAGCAACGGCUUGACACCUUCCUCCUCAAGUAUCGCAAUACUCCCCACCCAACGACUGGAACCUCACCAGCUUACCUUCUCAUGAAGAGACGACUCCGGACACGCCUUGACCUGUUGCGGCCAGCCACACCUGAAACAUCCGUUCACGAGAAGCAACAAAAACAGGUUGAUCGGCGAGCCAAGAGGUCUAAAGACAGACAGUUUAGCGUGGGAGAUGCCGUCCUAGCCCGCAACUACACCUCCAAAGAAAAGUGGACUUCCGCCACCGUUGUCCAGAAAACGGGGCCUGUUUCAUACCAUGUCUACACCCAAGACAAUCAGACGUGGCGGAGACACGUGGACCAGUUACUGCCAGGUUCCGCGACACCCCCAGCUGUUGUGACCGCCGAUGAACUGACACCCAACCAGGGUAGUUUCUCGCCCACAGUAGCUGUGCCUUCGCCACCUGCAGAGCCGGAAGCGCCUGAGUCUGCAGACCCUCCGGUGUUCGAGUCGACGCCAGAACCGGUACCUGUUCCAGAGCCGAGACGCAACCCUCCCAGGGACAGGAAACCUCCAGAGCGUUUUAGGUAG